AUGCCUGCGGUUGUCGGAACUACUAUGACUUCGACACCCACUUCGCAAACCGCGAUCAUGGAAUCCUCAACAGCCGCAGAUAAGAAGCGCAAUAAGCUCGGGUAUCAUCGCACGUCUGUCGCAUGUGUGCAUUGUCGGCGACGAAAGAUACGAUGUCUGGUGGCGGCGGACGACGCUCAAGGUCGAUGUGAGAAUUGUAUUCGACUGAAAAAGGAGUGCCAGUUCUUCCCAGUUGAUCAGCAGCCGCCAAUCGAAAAGAAAGCUCGCCCAGGUUCGAACACGGCGUCGACCGAUCCAUCAACCGCCUCGUCCUCCCCGCCGGCAGUGAGCGGGGGGGAACAAACCGAGGCCUUUUUCCCUUACCAGCCAAUACCGUUGAGUUCCGCCCCAGAUGUCGCGGCGUUCAACGCCGGAGCGUUCGCUGGAAAUUCCAUGACAUCGUUUGCGCCAGAUCGCAAUGUAGGGGCUCCUGAGUUUGCAACAGCACCGCCCCUCGAUCCCUCCGUACCGUGGGAUGAAUUCACCACGAUUCCAACGGACGGUCAAAUGUUGGCAAACAUGUCGGCAGGGAAACCACAGAUGGUGAACAUGCCUUGGAGCCCGGGACCUAACCCCAUGGCCACCAUGCCAAUGGCACAUGGGCUUCCGACCCCGACAGUCCCAUCACAACCGCAAACGCUCAGUCCCGCGCCGACGUAUGCUAUACAACCGGAUGGAUCAGUAUGGCAAGUGCCCCCAACACGACCUAUGACCUACCCUCCGCCACCGGAUAUGGCUGCGGCACCCUACCCCAACCCCGGCCAAUUCCAGCAACCUCCCCCAGAUAUGAGCUCCGAUAUGGCCAGCCCAAUACAUCCUUUCCCGGGCAACCAUGUUAAUCCGCAGAGUCCUCCACCGACGGACCUUCAAGGGACGCCAGUUGCAGUAACGUAUGCUGGUGCCCCUGCAGCAAUGGGAUUUCCCGCCUGGCAGGACGUGAAUACUAUGUCACCCAUGAACGUCGUUCAGUAUCAGAUGUAUGCCGGGGACGCUGCACAACAAGCGUCGUUCGGCAGUCCACCCCCGAUGGGCCACCCGGGCCAACGACAGUCUCCCCGGUGA